AUGACUCGGUCGUCCUUCCUAGGAUCUCAGAUAAUUGCAAAGUCCCUCACUCUGGUAGUGGUAUUAGUGAUCCUGUUGGGUGCACGCUUACCAAAGUGUUGCUUUUCUGAAGCCUUUGCCAUACCAGAAGCCAAAGCCCUCCUCAAAUGGAAAGCCAGUCUUCCUGGUCACACUAACGCUCUCCUCUCUUCCUGGAGACCAUUAGUUCCUAAUGGUAAUAAUUCCACCAACUCUUCUUCUCAGUACGACCUGUGCAAUUGGGUUGGAAUUACUUGCGAUGAAGCAGGAAGACUUAAGAAUAUAACCCUAUCAAGUAUGGGUUUGCAAGGUACGCUUCAUAACUUCAACUUUUCAUCCUUCUCAGACCAUCUUCAUUUUGAUCAUACCAACAACACUCUCUCUGGCAUCAUUCCGUCUCAGAUUGGUAAACUCUCCAAACUCAGCUACCUUGGCCUUUCUAUCAAUCAGUUCUCUGGAAAUGUUCCGUUUGAAAUCAGUCUGUUAGAAAGUCUCCAAAUGUUGUAUCUUGACCAAAAUAGUCUCAGCGGAGCAAUACCUUCAGAUAUAGGACAGCUAAGGUAUCUUACUCGAUUAAAGUUGUCCUCUAAUAACCUGACUGGUUCCAUCCCUCGCUCUGUGGAAAAUUUGACAAAACUGACCAUUUUGCACCUAUUCAAUAAUUCGUUAUAUGGCUCCAUUCCUUCAGAAAUAGGAAAGUUGAAAUCACUAACCAAGUUAGUCUUGUUCAAGAAUAAUCUUAAUGGUUCCAUCCCUCCAUCUUUAGGUAACAUGAGUGGAUUAAUAACUUUCUACCUUUUCAAAAAUCAACUUUCAGGUCUCAUUCCAGAAGAGAUAGGAAAUUUGAAAGAUCUUAUUGAAAUACAAAUUUCCAAUAACUAUUUAUUUGGUUCAAUUCCUUCCUCUUUGGGAAAUUUAACAAAACUGGAGUCUUUGUUCCUAUUCAAUAAUUUACUACAUGGCUCCAUCCCUUCAGAUAUAGGAAGGCUGAAAUCAUUCAUUGAUCUACCCUUAUACACAAAUAACCUCAGUGGUUCCAUCCCUACAUCUCUAGGUAAUUUGAGCAGCUUAAUCACUCUCUUCCUAUAUGGAAAUCAACUUUCAGGCUCUAUUCCUCAAGAGAUUGGAAAUUUGAAAGAUCUUGCUGAAAUAGACUUGUCUUAUAACCAUUUAAUUGGUUCCUUGCCUUCCUCUUUAGGAAAUUUAACAAAACUGACUAUCUUGAACCUAUCCAACAAUUCAUUAUAUGGCUUGUUCCCUUCAACAAUAGGAAAUUUGUGGAAGUUGGYUGAGUUACAGAUUCCCAACAACAAUUUCUUUGGUUAUUUGCCACUACAUAUGUGCAAGGGUGGGCCACUUGAAAGAUUUACUGCAUUUAACAACCAUUUCACAGGUCUCAUUCAAAAAGUGUUGAAAAAUUGCACAAACUUGGCCAGAGUUCGACUUGAAAAUAACGAACUAACUGCAGACAUGUCAGAAGAUUUUGGUGUCUAUCCUAAUUUGGAUUACAUAGAUUUGAGCCAUAACAAGUUGCAUGAGCUUGCUUAUACAAGAAAGGCGACUGAAAAAUGUGAUGUGUAUAGCUUUGGGGUACUAACACUAGAGGUGAUAAUGGGAAGGCAUCCAACAGAACUUAUUGCUUACAUAUUGGAAUUAUCACCAUCAUCUUCUUCUUCAAAACCUAUUUUAUUGAAAGAUAUCUUGGAUCAACGGCUCUCAUUUCCCAUGCUGCCUCAAGUUGCAGAGGAAGUGCUCCAUGUUGUUAAGCUAGCAUUGGCAUGCUUAAAUGUUAACCCACAAUCUCGACCUACCAUGCAAUGUAUAUCUCAUGAGCUUAUGACCUGCAAGGCAUCAUCUCCAGAUCGGUUUCAAGAAAUUACAUUAAUUGGACCAACUGUUGAUGAAUUGUGA